AUGGCAUAUGAUAACCCUGAAUUGCAAUAUGAACAUAGCUCGAAUAUGAUCACUAUCUCACGUCUCUCACAGCAAGCGCCUAAAAUACUUGAACGAUACUCUUUACUGGGUGAAGAUACUUCGGUCGUAUCAAUCCUAAACCUCGAGAAUGCCGAGAAUUUUGAUGUGUUGGAGCAACUUGCCUUCUCGUGCUUGCAAUCAGGGGAUGACCGGUCCGCUCUCGUUUGCAUUGAUAGACUAGCGAAACGAUUCGGUUCUUCGAAUGACAAGGUGGCAGCACUACAAGGCUUGCAUGAGGAAGCUACUGCGGAAGAUCGCCCGGCCUUAGAAGGGUGUCUACAUAAAUAUGAUACCAUACUUUCAGAGAACCCAAUAAACCUGCCAAUCCUGAAGCGUCGAAUUGCUCUUCUUCGUUCACUGUCAAGACCCGUGGAAGCCACCACGGCUUUGGUAGCACUUUUGGAUGCUGCUCCAACAGAUGCGGAGACAUGGUGUGAACUUGCAGAUAUAUACCAGACCCAAGGGAUGGGCCCACAAGCGAUUUUCAGCCUUGAGGAAGCAUUGUUGAUUGUCCCAAAUGCUUGGAACGUACAUUGCCGAUUAGGAGAAGUCUUGUAUUCCUGCGCCGAUUCAUCUGAUGUAGGCAAUGCUUGUCAUCUUUUACGCAGAUCUAUCCAGUAUUUUUGCCGAGCUAUCGAACUUUGUGGCGAUUAUCUAAGAGGGCUCUAUGGUCUGCUCAUGGCAACAUCACUUCUGCUUAAGAUCAGGACAGGCCACCAAGAAGAUUCAUUAGUGACAGCCAGCCUCAUGACGCAUGAUACCCUGAAGAAUCUCAAUUUAUUUGCUAGGAAGAGGCUCGAGGAGAUUGUCUCUCGUCGUUCUUCAGAUCAUCACUUGUGGGAGCACGGUCAAGCCGAGCUUAUAGCCACAAAGGAGCUUCUCAGUCGCUUUGAUAGCUCCAGCAAGUAA